CUCUUACCAACGAAGGUUUUCUGUUCUUAUAUUUCCAUAUUAUGCCGUUUUAUGUACAUUAGACUGCUACGUGUGCUGGAUGCGAGGCUCUCUGGCGAUCGCGCACCUAAGAGUGUUCAUAUCAGUACCGUUUGAAAUGUUUGUUCUGUUCUCACGGAUCCCCCAAUAUUGAAGCACAUGGAUAGUAGAAAAACGUUCUUCUGCGUCUAUGCAUUAAUAUUUUCUUGAUGCGUGCAGUUUGGUGUUGGUUUCCAUACUUAAGUUAUUGAUGGAACCUAAAGGUUCCAGCAAAUUAUGCUCGAGACUGGUCAGACGUUCUAGGUACCAACCUUUUAAGGGAUAUCCUGGUCAAUCAAGUAUUGCACUUUUUCUCCAUUUUAUAGAAAUACGAUCUUUAGGGUGUAUUGAAGGGCUGGACGUCAUUGUCUUUGACAGAUGUUUACUUCAGAGUAUUUUAUUAACUUAAGUUCAUCCUCUGUCGACCCUAUGUAGACCAGACGGACAUCUUCACGUUUCAAACAAGACAACCUAAACUUUUUAAAUGGCUGAUAAUAAGAAAUUAACACAAUCCUGGCAAACACAGGCUACAUGCCAAAGAUGCACGGAGUCUUUCAUCGUUAUAUAAAUAUAACAUUUUAUGGUGUAAAAAAUAAUCAUGAUGUUUUAACUCGUCUCUGUUGAGGUUCUGUUGGUCUUCUAUAAUGUACUUAAAUAUGUGCAAGCCAUGGUUCAUCUUCCUAGACUACAGUAUAAAAUAGUCUCUGGAAUUUAUUAGCCUAGACAUGCAUUUGUAAGACAACAGCUUUACAAUUUCUCUGCAAAUUUACAACAUCUUGCCAGAGUGAGGUAGCGCUCAGCGAAUGACAGCAGAGUUUUUCGGGGCUGAAGGUCGCCGUUGUGGUUCACAUAUAAGUAGGCUAAAUAGCUCAAGUUCCUUUUUGUUGGUUAGUUAGGCCGUACCAUGUAAAUAUUGAAGUGUUUGUCUUUGCUAUGGAUUUCAUUUACCUUCUGUUGUUUCACGUUUAAAGGCUGAUCUGUAAAUGGCAGACUAGUAUAUGAUGAAGCUUUCAUCGGUCUGGUGUUGGAGAACCCAUGCGAUUAAAGGGGCCUUUAUAGACGAUUUGCUUUUCUUGGAGAACUUUGUUUCAAGCACUGCAGCCAGCUGCGAUAGAGGAUUCAUGGCUGCCAUUUGACCUACUGCAUACUGCUAUGAGACCAUGGCCAAAAGUAGCCUAAUUGGCAAGAAAAAACAAUACAACGCAAGAUUACUUGUGCAUUUCUGAAUGCGUGAUUGCAUGUGUCCAGUUAACCGGCAGAUUGACGUGAGCAUAGGGGAAGUCUGUGAACACCCAGUCAUCAGAUGUUAAACUUAAACUUGAAGUCUAUCGUUGUGCUUUACAAAAGACUCGGCUACUGAUUAAAACUGUUGGGGCUCUUGAACAGUUAUAGCACGCAAGGCGGUUGUGGUGGUCUUGUAUUCUGCAAUAUAGCCCGCACUGUUCUCAAAUGGCCUACAUUAUUUGGUUAAUACCACAUAAUGACGGUACUUUACACCCCGUGCCAUGUCUUAAGCUUUUAGUUCCUUCUCGAAUAUCUUACAAACUGUCUUUCUCGUGCCAAUGACAUCAUGUCACAUUUAAUUGUUUCACGACAAGCAUGGCUGCCAUAGCUGUCAAAACAUAUGAGCGAUUGACUGAAGGAAAACGUAGAUAAGCUGUGGUGGGCUAUUUAUUGGAUGUCUGAAGCAUCUAUGUGUGUUGGAUAAAUAAUAUUGGCUUUAAUGUGAGGAUGAUUGGGCUGUGCAACACCUGCUCAACAUUCCAGUUGUUGGACUCCGACAGCCUUUGAACGAUGUCUUGGCUAUUCCAUUUCACGCUGUGAUGCAACCCAGGAGUGUCUUUCUACAGCAGUCAUUGGUGUUCAGUGUCCACCUCUCAAAUCGGACCCAUAUGAAGAUAAAGCUGUCUGCUAUGGCAUGGAGAGCCAAGUGUUUCAUACCAGUCAGUGUCUACACUGUAGGCUUUGAGCCUAUAGCCAGGAGCGAGAAACAUAGUAGCCUAAGGGGAUGAGGGUUAGUCCGCAGGCAUUGUGUGCUUUUUAAAGGAUUUGUCCCAUUCUAUCAAAUACAGAUCCAAUACGUCACUUCAAUUUCCUUCUAGGAGGUGCCAGGCUGUUGCAUGAUCAAAUAACAAUUUCAGGUUUCCUAUCUAGUCGCGUCUUGCUUAUUUUUUUUUGAGCGCGCUUAAUUUACCGAGCUUGGCAUCCCGCCAACCUGUACAGCCCAAGUUGCUAUAGAAACGGUAAGAAUUUCCAUGUGUUUCUCUUUUUUUAUCGACGGAAUUAAGGUAGCCCUCACACACACGGACCUAGACAACCUUUCAGUGACUCAAUGUUGUUUUCACCGCUGAGUUGCCUUGCCGCCACUCUUGACGGGGCAUCGGCAUCUCCGUCCGCGCAAGGUAGGCUGUUUUGUAAGGCUAUGCAAAUAUGCAUCGGACCACAAGAAUCAAGAUUACAGAGCUUAACCCUCAUUUAAUGUGUGUGCUUUGUGGUGGAUAUUUCAUAGAUGCUACAACCAUCAUUGAAUGCUUGCAUUCAUUCUGUAAAAUGUGCAUUGUUCGUUACCUGGAAACCAGCAAAUACUGCCCAAUAUGUGAUGUCCAGGUUCAUAAGACAAAGCCUCUUCUGAAUAUUCGGUCUGACAAAACACUGCAAGAUAUUGUGUACAAGUUGGUGCCUGGACUCUUCAAAAAUGAGAUGAAAAGGAGGAGAGAUUUCUAUGCUGCACAUCCAUCAGUAGAUGCUACCAAUGGGUCAAAUGAAGACCGUGGAGAAGUGUCAGAUGAAGAUAAGCGAAUAAUCACAGAUGACGAGAUCAUCAGUCUCUCGAUUGAGUUCUUCAAUCCCAAGCCCAGAGCACAGAGUGGUGUGGAGGGCCAAGGAGCACAGGAGGAGGUGAAUAAUAAGAGAUACUUGCAGUGUCCAGCAGCAAUGACAGUUAUGCAUCUGAGGAAGUUUCUCAGAAGCAAGAUGGACAUACCAUGUACUUUUCAGGUUGAAGUAAUGUAUGAAGAUGAGCCACUAAAAGAUUACUACACAUUAAUGGACAUAGCCUACAUCUACACCUGGCGGAGGAACGGGCCGCUGCCGUUAAAGUACCGUGUUCGACCCAACUGCAAGAAGAUGAAGAUCAGUCACCCCCAGGACGGCCCCAACAGCUCCGUUCGGUCUGAGAGCGACUCGGCCAGUGACAAAGCCAGCAGUCCGGCCGCAGUUGUGCCCUCCACCUCCUCGCCGCUCCCCAGCCCGAGCCCCAGUGCCAACCCCCACCCCCACCCACCCCCCGGCCCCAACCCUGGGUCCAGCACCCCCGCGCCCCCCUCCCAGGCUGCCCACACUCCGUACCCCCACAUCUCCAGCGGCAUCAACGGCUCAUCUCCGGGCUGCGUCCCCAGUCGACAGUAUUCCUUUGGAAACAAAGUGCGGAAAGGUUCGCUCAAUGGCUCCUCUACGUCAUCAGGAUGACUGCAUACAUGAACUGCCCACCCCACCACCCCCACCCCCCCACAGACACACCAACUUUGCCCUGCCAACACCAGGCCCCUUGCCCUUCAUCAAGCCUCUGCAGUCCCAUUGUAGAUGUUCUUUUUAUUCUUUGGUUGUUGUCAUUUGUAUAUGACUAUGUAAGACUUGUAUGUUGAUUUGUAUGUAGUGAGUGCAAGACAUUUCAUCUGGAAUGUUGCUGGAAUUUUUUUAUUUCAACGUCGGCUUGCAGAUGAAGACUUUGCUCAUGACGGGCGUUCAUUUGAAUUGUUGGAAUAACGAUGUACUCAUAACAAAAAGUAUGAGAACUGUUUCUUUACAUAAAUGACUGAAGAAUAACCUUUUUAUAUAUUUUUACUUUUUGGUCUUAAUUUUUUUCCUAAGGCUGAAAUCAAAAUGUUGUCUGCCUGUACUGAGUGUGUAUUUCAAAGUCCAUUGUUUAUGAGAAGCAUGAGACACUUAGAGUAGGCUGCAUUUGAAUUUAGUUUACCUAUUUAAACAUUCCAGAUUAAUUUGGCCUGCAUUUUUAAAAACUGUCAAGGGCCACUGAUCCAAAAGUAAGGUCUGGUUGGGGGCCCCCCCUUAAAGAUGUUGAAAAGAGCCCUUAUCUGUUUGGGAUUUUGGACUAUGAAAAGGGUUACGCUCAUCUAUAAUAUGCUGUCUGUUCUUCAGUAGGAUGGCAUAUAUCAAGUGUAAAAAAUAAAGACUGUUUCAAAGAGGUCAACCUCUACAACCAUGUAUAUAGUUAAAUGCAUAUUUAAUAAGCAUUGACAUCUAAUGUUCAAAGUUUGAGAAGUUUGCAGCAGAGGAGGCCGCGAUGAAGCUCGGAUCUCAUCCUCCAUUUGGCUGUUUUGAUGUCUUCAGUGUUCAAUAUAGCCUAUUUGUAUCAGUCAACUGUAUGGACAACUGUUGUAUUGUGACUGUUGCACAGCAUAAAAACGUCUAAAUAAAACAUUUUACGCUUUG